AUGCUUAAAUGCAAAAUGGCUAGAUAUAAAUUAAUUCGUUGUCAGUUCAAAAUAAUGGCCAAACGUGUAAAGGACGAAGAUAAUUUUCAUGUUUAUUCACAAGGAGAGCAUAUCUGUCCACAAGAUUAUUCUACCGAUAAAAUUCAAAAACGUUUAAUUAGAGCACUUAAAUUUGGACAACAUAAUCGAGUACAUAAAUGGAUGAAAAGAACUGGCGCUGAACGAAUUAAAAAUAUUGUAAAUGAAUUGGAUGCAAGUCAUGUUAGAUUAAUGAUUGUUUUGGCUAAUCGAGAAAUGUUAUCGGGGAGAAAAGAUAAGAAAAGAAAAAAUUUUAUUUUUAAUAAUUAAAAGGGAGGAAGGGUUAUUUUUGGGAAAGUCUCUCUCUUCUUUAAAGAAA